AUGGUCGUCAGCAAGUACGCUCACCUUGACAGGGUCCUCACCCGUGCCGGGCCGUACGUCGACCCAGAGUCGUUCCAGGGAGGAGCAGAGGUCCAGUCCUUCCUGAGGGACCAGUGCAAGGUGCUCGUCAUCGGCGCCGGCGGUCUCGGAUGCGAGAUUCUCGCCAACCUCGCCCUCAUGGGCUUCGCCGACAUCCACGUUAUCGACAUGGACACGAUCGACGUCUCGAACCUGAACCGCCAGUUCCUCUUCCGUCCUGAGGAUGUCGGCAAGUCGAAGGCGCAGUGUGCGGCUGACUUUGUCAUGAAGCGCGUGCCGGGGUGCAAGGUGACGCCCUACCACGGCAAGAUCCAGGACAAGGACGACGACUACUACAUGCAGUUCAACAUCGUCAUCUGCGGUCUCGACUCGGUGGACGCGCGGAGGUGGAUCAGCGCGACGCUCGUCAACCUCGUCGACCCGGAGGUGCCAGAAAGCCUCAAGCCUCUCAUCGACGGCGGGACGGAAGGCUUCAAGGGCCAAGCUCGUGUCAUUCUGCCGACCAUCACGUCUUGCUAUGAAUGCUCGCUUGACAUGCUCACCCCGCCGACCGCCUUCCCUAUCUGCACCAUCGCCAACACGCCUCGCCAGCCCGAACACUGCAUCGAGUGGGCGAGCAUCCUCGAAUGGCCGAAGGUGUUCAAGGACAAGAAGCUCGACAACGACGACCCCGAACACAUCCAGUGGCUCUUCGACACGGCUCGCAAGCGCGCGGAGGAGUUCAAUAUCCCCGGCGUGACCUGGAGCUUGACGCAGGGUGUUGUCAAGCGCAUCAUCCCCGCCAUCGCUUCCACGAACGCCAUCGUCUCCGCCGCCUGCUGCAACGAAGCGUUCAAGAUCGCGACGAGCACCAACCCGUACCUCAACAACUACAUGAUGUACACGGGCAACGAGUCGAUCUACACCUACACCUUCGAGCAUCAGCGCAAGCCCGAGUGCCCCGUUUGCGGGGGCGAGAAGGUCACGGUCUCGCAGAACCCGUCCAACUCGCUGCAAGACCUCAUCGACAUGUUGCUCGAGAGGCAGGAGUUCCAAAUCCGCCGCCCAUCUCUCCGCCUCGCCUCGAAGUCGCUCUACCUCCAGGCCCCGCCUCAGCUCGAAGAAGCGACGCGCCCCAACCUCGAGAAGACGCUCGCCGAGCUCAUGCAGUCUGGAGACGUGGUCACCGUCACCGACGCCGGGCUGCCCUUCUCGCUCGACUUGGUCGUCAAGUUCGAGCAGGAGUAG